AAAAGGAGAAGCUGACAUGGAGUGACCGCAUGCCUGGUUAUGCAGUGAACUUCGGACUGAUUUUAUUUAUGAUCAUGCUGGCGUUUUCAGCAGUGUUUGGUGUCAUCGUGUACCGAAUCACGACAGCUGCAGCCUUGUCCUUCAGCACAAAUGAAACAACCAGAUCCAAUGUUCGAGUGACCGUGACUGCCACUGCUGUUAUCAUUAACCUCGUGGUGGUCCUCAUCCUUGAUGAAAUUUAUGGAGCUGUGGCCAAAUGGCUGACAGAAAUUGAAAUACCAAAAACAGAGAAAAAUUUUGAGGAAAGACUGAUUUUGAAGGCAUUCCUACUGAAGUUUGUGAAUUCUUAUGCAUCAAUUUUUUAUGUUGCCUUUUUUAAAGGAAGAUUUGUUGGCCGUCCUGGUCGUUAUGUGUAUGUGUUUGAAGGUUAUAGGAUGGAAGAGUGUGCUCCAGGAGGGUGUCUGAUGGAACUCUGCAUUCAGCUGAGUAUCAUCAUGCUUGGAAAGCAACUGAUUCAAAAUAAUCUCUUUGAAAUUGGAAUCCCAAAGCUCAAGAAGCUGUUCAGGAAACUGAAGGAUGAAAGAACUGAGCUAAAGGAAAUGGACACCAACCAAUCAAAGGACCCUCAGCAAUGGGAUCUUGACUACAUCUUGGAACCUUUCACUGGACUGACUCCAGAAUACAUGGAAAUGAUUAUCCAAUUUGGCUUUGUCACACUCUUUGUUGCCUCCUUCCCUCUGGCCCCUGUCUUUGCUCUUCUGAACAACAUCAUUGAGGUUCGUCUUGAUGCAAAAAAAUUUGUUACUGAGCUGAGGAGGCCAGACACAGUGAGAGAAAAAGAUAUAGGUAUUUGGUAUAACAUCUUGAGUUGUAUUGGAAAGCUUUCAGUGAUGAUUAAUGCUUUUGUCAUUGCUGUCACCUCUGAUUUCAUCCCACGCCUUAUGUAUCAAUAUGCAUACAGCCAGAAUGGAACCAUGCAUGGCUUCAUCAAUCACACCCUCUCGUACUUCAAUGUCAGCCAGCUCAAGGCUGGGACACAGCCAGAAAACUCCUUGUUUGCACAGGAGGUUUCAUUCUGCAGGUUCAAAGACUACAGAGAACCACCUUGGUCUCCACAGCAGUAUGAGUUUUCUAAGCAGUACUGGGCGGUCUUAUCUGCUCGCUUGGCUUUUGUGAUUCUAUUUCAGAACUUGGUGAUGUUCCUCAGUGUUCUGGUUGACUGGAUGAUCCCUGACAUCCCCAAGGACAUCAGUGAACAGAUCAAAAAGGAGAAAACCGUGCUUGUUGACUUCUUUUUGAAGGAAGAGCAUGAAAAGCUGAAGCUGAUUGAAAGCUUUAUUGCGCGCGACAAGCGGAAGCACAAGAGUGGGACCAAAAGCAAAAGGGCCAGGGCUUCCAGCUUCUCCCAGUGUCACCACAGCCCCAAGGGCAGCUUCACCUCCUUCAGCUCACAGCACACAGUGGUGUGACUCCUGAGGGAAGGCAGCAGCCUGUGCUCACCUCUGCUUACUGCGUGAUGUGAUUCCAAACCUGGAACAAGCGAGGGAGAGACAAGGAACAGGGAGCAAAAGGAGUCUCUUUUGCUUCCUUAGAAUCUCCAGAUGUGAGGAUCUCUGUUACAAUUUAAAUGCCCUCUGGGAUGCAGCAUUUCCAGAUUUCAUCAGUGGGAUGAAAUAAAGGCUGUAUUGGGUUGUAGCUGGUUCUUGUGGUGCUGAUGUGUGUGAGUUGGGGAGGCACGCAGGAAUCCUCCUGGCAGGAAUUCUGGCAAUUAUCCCUCCUCCUGCAGAUGCCCUGCGGGGCACAGGGACACUCCUGCUUUAGUCUCUGUCCUUGGGAAGGUUGGACUGACUGUGGAGAAGGACUGACCAUGGAGAAGUGCACACACCUCAUGGUCUCAUUGGCUGUAGCUGCCAGCGGAAGGUUUGUAAACAUGUGGAAUCUCAAGGACUCUUUGUGCCUUCCUAACCUACACUGCCACAUGGUGCCACCUCUGGAGGGCAUGCAGGGCUCUGGGAGAUGUGUGAACAGAAGGAAUUUAAAUCACUGGGCACUUGCCUCUAUGGAUACAUCGUGCUUUGCUUGAUACAGCUGGAAUGCAUGUGCUGGUGAGCAGGGAGGCCAUCAGAAUGGCUGAAGCUGCCAGAACCAGAAAAGCUCCUUGGCACUCAUUGUCCUAAAGAGAAAACUAAAAACCAAACCUUGCAUGUUUGAUUCUCCUCUUAGACUUGGAAUCCAGACAGUGUCAAGAGGAAUCACGCCACUGAACCACCAGUGCAAAGCUGAGGAGUGAGAAUAGAAUCAAGCCCUGUAAAUCAUGUGGCAUCUCCAUGUAUGCUGCACAUAAACCAACAAAAAUUGCUGCUGUUGUGAUUUACUGUAAAGUAAAAUAUUUUGAAGAACUGCAUUUCAUUGGAAGAUAAACAUAUUCACUACCCAAGCUUUCACCUACAAGCAUUUAAGGAAUAACUUUAUUCUGUCAUGAAUGAAAAUUAAACUUUCUUAAAAAAUCUGUUUCUUUUCCUGAUGAUUUGUCAACCAGGCUUGAAAUUUAGAGUCUGGACAAAAGGUUUUCUUCUCAUUUUUUCUUCUCAACAAUACUUUCAAAACCAUAAAAAAAUACAAACCAAAAUAAGUACUCCAGUUUCAGGCAUUCUAUUCAGAUUGGUCUGUAACAACAUAAUCUGAUUUUAUAUAUUUCUGAGGCGUAAGAUUUUAUUAAUGUCUUAGAUAAAGAGAUUUUUCUCUGUGACAAAUUUUGGUAACAUAAUGAGAUAUGCAAAAAUAAUUUAUUUUUUUCAUUCAGUGUCCAGACUAAGGCACAUAAAAGUGGGAGAACUGUUUCAAUGAAAAAAAUUUUUUUUUGGAGUUUCAUUUUUAAAAUUUACUUUUGGGUUAUUUGUUCCUUCUGUAUAGAAAUGGAAUUUGAAAAGAUAAUGUCAUCUGGAAUAAAAUUGCAAAUUAUUAACUUAGUUGAAAAAAAAGUCAAUCCUCUCCAAAUAUUUUCCUCUUUUUCCUUGUCAAAACUCAUUGUUUUGUUUUGUUUUAACUUUAUUAGGAUUUUAAGAGUUUGGCUCCCUUAUGGAAGUCUGUGACAGGGCUGAGACGUAACCUUUGAUUUCCUCCCUCUAAGAUCAGCAUUUAAAUGAGGGAACGGUAUCUCCCCAAAAACAAAUUGUCUCAUUUUACUUUCAAAAGGCCAACAAAGCCCUGUUGGGGAUUCCAUGGUCUAAUGUAUUAAGAGAGUCAAUAUUAAUAACAUCUAUUCCCUCUUUUACACCAAGAGGAUGUUCUGCUGAUGCACAUGAGGAUUUGAAACUGUUGGGGCUUUGGAAGUGUCUGUGUUUGUUUUUUGUAACUCCAGUAUUUUGAAAUUCAAUCAAUUCUCUUCACUCCAAACAGCCUCUGGUGGGGAGAAAAUACGUUUCUAAACAGUAGAAAUAUCUUUUUUUUGCCAUAAUUCUUCCUCUCCUUUUUCCAGGAAUAUGGGAGGGCAUGCAGCAACAGAUUUAGAAAGGGAUUGCACACAGGUUGCACAGCACC